AAAGCGUGUUCACCGAUCGGGGCAACUAGUGUCACCGUCCAAACAAGAACACUAUCAUCCCUAGAGCCUUGAGCUUGAAGGCCUGGGCCUGACAGUGCGAGCACAGGCUUAUAUUACGCAAGCGGCUUGCUCAGAUGGAAGUGCGCAGGCGGCAGAAAUGGUGCGUUUAAAUUUCUGAAUCAUCGGUUGCCAGUUCAAUGAGCAAGUUCAAUUGCACAAAGGUCUCCACCGCGACAUUGAAGCGCUGCGCGCCGCAUGUUGAGCUCUUUGUUCGUUGUUCCUCGUUUCUUUGUCACAUUUUACGGCACCAUACUAGUAUUUAAGAUCCUGCAGGUUCGUCCAAUGUUUGUCAGUCACCAUCCUCUACCUCGUCCUCUCAUUACGUCGUCCAAUUCAACUUGAAGUUGAAGCAAAUUCAAAUACACAUAAUUUCAUAGGUUUGGUCUUUCUUCCUCGAGGUUUAUGACAAACUCAACUGGAAUCAGAUUGUAGCAGACGAUGCCGAUAUCCAAGAAACCUCAAAGCCUCUUGCGCAAUAGCUUCAAUUUCCCAACUUUUAGCAGCCUUCCGGAUGAGCCUAGGAUUGAAAUUGACCUCAAAUACUACGAUAGUGGCCCGUUCGGAUUCAAACCCAGCCAGCACUGGUGCUUUGUCGGCGAGAUUGUCGACUCUAUCGGUCUUGUACGAGGCCUGUUACGCGUAAAGGAUAAGGACGGACAGGUCGUUACCAUCGGGCUGUACACAGACGACCGUGGACAAGCGCUCGCUCCACAAAUCAAGAUAGGCCACACAGUUGCUGUACUGUAUAGCGAGCAACAUCGUUUCCUAGACAUGACCGUCGGCAUACGCGUCGGAGAUAUUUCCAACAUCAAAAUCAUACCAUGCUCACUCGAGCAGUUGCUGAAGGCCAGCGAUGAUGUGGCUACACUACGCAAAGGCCAGCCAAGACGUUGUGGAUCUUGUGGUAAGGAGGAGAACGCCUCUGACAAUACGCAUUUGCGCUUGUGCUCCCGCUGCAGACACACGGCUUAUUGCGGAGAGGAUUGUCAGAAGAAAGCCUGGGUGGCUGGUCACAAGGCUGACUGCAAGGCGCUUGUUGGGGUACGGUGGUUCACAGAAAGGAACUGGAGAAUGUUCCAUGACUGGUUUAGUUUCUGAUGCUUCUCCCUGAUAAAUCGUUGGCUUAAUUAUCAUAUUAUCCUGUCAGUCUCAUCUUAUUGUGUCGUACUGCCCUAGCCCAUGAUUCCAGGACAUUAAUCAAACAUUAGAAUUUUCGCGAG